AUGUCAACCUCACAGCCCAGAAGAAAUAGCCGCGUCUUCGACAAGCCUGUCCGCGUCGUCGCCGCCAACCAAGCAGGACCCGCCAGAAGCUCCCUCGCGAAUCCCAGAAACAUGAUCGUCGAGAAAGGAGGCCUGUGCUACCUCGCGAGAGAUAUCACGUACCGCGGAAACGGGGUGUUCCAACAGGGAAACCUCAUGCCGCAUACCAUUGUCGUCUCGAUCCACGGCGUGUGCAUGACGGGUCGCGGCACCACCGAGGCGCGAGCCACAUAUGGUGUCUACGUGGGCGACGGAUCGGAACACAACGAGGGCGGCGAGCUUCCCGAGACGGAGAAGCAGACGGCGCAGGUUGCGCCUCUGUACGCGGUCAAGCGGGCCAUCGAGAUCGUCGAGGAUCAGAUCAUGAUGGCGCCGGAUCCCGUCGAGUUGAAGACGGUGAUCAUCAAGACGCACACGACGUUCCUGAUCAACUGUCUGAGCUGCGACGUCUGGGAGUGGGAGAGGAAUGACUACCAGAACUCGGAGGGCUUCGAGGUCACCAACCGCCUGCUGAUCGAGAAGGUGCACGACAUGCUGCUGGAGGCCAAGCGGGAGCGGGGGCUGCGCAUCAAGUUCUGGUCGGUCGACGCGGAAGAGAACUUUGAGGCCUUCUACCUGGCAUACAUCCCGUUCGAGAAGCGAGUCACCAUUGCCGAGCCCGAGCCGCGGCCGAGCGAGUUGGAGCAAGCCGUGAUGUACUACAUGUUCGAGGCGCCCAUGGACCCUACCGCUCAGGCGUUGAGCGUCCGUCUUGAUAUCAACCUCCCGAGCACGGCACCCGACGGCCGCCGGAACUUUCCCGGCGUCACGGCCCCGAUCCGACGUCUGGUCAUCAUGGGCGAAGACCGCCCGCGCAACUUCGAGCGCUUGUUCGGAGCGACAUGGAAGGCUCUCGCUCUGCAGGAGUGGCGCGCGCUGCGGCACGAGGUUUUGACGGUGCCCGAGUCGGAACGCAGCCCGGCGGCCCAGAUGUUGGAUCGGGGGACCCCGUACUACCGACCCCGAGCCCCGACGACGGAGGAGAAGAGAUGGCAGGAUCAGAGAGAAGCUGAGCAGCGACAAGAGGUCGAGCGACAGCAGGAUGUCAAUGUCACCAUUACACUUGCCGACCUCAUGAACCUCGCACUGAGUGGUCAAGACGCUUGCUGA